GGGAGGAGUUAGCAAAAAUGAACGACGGGAGGACGUUGACCGGUCCGAUGCCGCUUUUGGGAGCAGCCGUUGGCGGUAGUCGUCAUUCUCCACGUUCCUGCGCCGAAAGAGCACGAGCCCAGAAACUGAAUUUCAGCGUCUUGUACAUCAUCUUCUUCAAGGCGUCACUGAAUGCCGAGACAUGCGCAUUACUUUGUUUGUGCCUCACUCUUUGUGAAGGUGAUAAGGUCAACAUCAUGAGAGUACAGAGUCGAUCUCUCCCCCUACCCAGGAACCUCCCCUAAGCACGGCGUCGGCCUGCAUCCUGUGACAGCUGGUGUGGCGAGAUCACACACUCUUUCGCGAUGCCCGGUUUACCUACGAGUAUCGACCUUGACGAGUGCAUCGCGCAGCUGUACAAGAAAAACCUACUUGCGGAAUCUCUAAUCGAGGCAAUAUGCGCCAAAGCCAAGGAGAUGCUCAUGAAGGAGAGCAAUGUCGUUCACAUAUCCGCACCAGUGACUGUGGUCGGCGAUAUUCACGGCCAGUUCUUUGACAUGCUGGAGAUCUUCAAAAUUGGUGGCUUUUGUCCGGACACAAAUUAUCUUUUCCUUGGCGAUUAUGUCGACCGUGGACUUUUCAGCGUGGAAACAAUUUCACUACUUGUUUGUUUAAAGUUACGAUACCCCCAGCGCGUUCAUCUCAUUCGAGGCAAUCAUGAAUCACGAGGCGUCACACAGUCAUAUGGCUUCUAUACCGAGUGUGCACGAAAAUACGGCAACGCCAAUGUUUGGCAUUAUUUUACGGAUAUGUUCGAUUUUCUCACAUUGAGCGUGGUCAUCAAUGACCAGAUUUUCUGUGUUCAUGGCGGCUUGUCGCCGUCUAUUCAUUCGAUUGAUCAGAUCAAGAUCAUCGACAGAUAUCGGGAAAUACCACACGAGGGACCUAUGGCGGAUUUGGUAUGGUCAGAUCCAGAUCCGGAACGGGAUGAGUUCUCUCUGUCACCAAGGGGCGCAGGCUAUACAUUUGGAGGGGAUGUGGUCAAAAAGUUCUUGCAGGUCAACAGCAUGUCGCAUAUCCUGCGGGCUCAUCAGCUAUGUCAGGAAGGCUAUCAGAUUCUGUACGAUGAUCGACUCAGCACAGUUUGGAGUGCACCAAAUUACUGCUACCGCUGCGGAAACCUGGCCAGCGUUCUUGAGGUUAGCGAUGCUGGGGAUCGGUACUUCAACAUUUUUGAGGCGGCUCCGGAGAACGAUGUGCACCGAAACGAACAGCAACAGCAACAACAGCAAAACCAGGCAAAAGAUAGUCAGGGUUCUCAUAUUGAGUAUUUCCUAUGACCAACGGGAUUGUCUCAUCAUUCGUGCCAGCUCGCAGUUCCAUCGCAGGUACAACUGCCAGUAAUGUCGCUAAACAAGGUCCAAGCUUUGGACGCCUUCACC